ACCUGUCAUGCAUGUUUUUGGAAUGUGGGAGGAAACCGGAGUACCCGGAGAAAGCCCACGCAGGCAUGGGGAGAAAAUGCAAACUCCACACAGGAAGGCCAGAGCCCGAAUCGAACCCUGCACCUCUUCACUGUGAGGCGGAGGUAAUAAACUAGUUUCCAACGUGCCACCCCGCGUACGAACAUUAACUGACCAUACCCAUAACCUGGUGUGCUGUGGUUGAGGUUACCUGAGCACCUGUGAUGUCAUUUACAGUCGACAGCAAGUGACAAAAUGACCACCCCCUGAAAUGGAUGAGAACAGCUGUAUUUUGCCUCAUAUUACACACUUCAGAAAUACAAUUUUUAUAAAUAUGCCGUGUUAAGACUAGGAGUAGGGGCACUUAUGACUGUUCGGAAAAUGUUGGAUAUGACUUCCCCUUUAAGUGGCGGGACUGACGGCAAAUCCGUUUUUUUAAGCUUCGGGCUAACCUCGUACAAAGAUAUUCAGGUUCGUUUGAUGUGCGCAUGCGUGACCAUUUUUUUUGCCCCCUCCACUUGGUAGCUGAGAUUUCCUUCUUAUGGGUGGGCAUGUUGCCUCAAGUGCGCCUCAGUCUUCUCCCAAGAGCCCGCUGCCUUUUCGAUGAGCCCGUUCAUGUGAAGGUGGCCGGUCUGGGGUCCAGACAAGUGGUCACUCUGAGGGCCCAGGCCACCGACGAGCGAGGGGUGGUCUUCCGCUCGGCCGCUGUCUACAGAGCAGAUGGUGACGGAGAGCUGGACCUCUGCCGGGAUGCCGCCCUGUGCGGUUCCUACGAGGGGGUGGAGCCUAUGGGCUUACUGUGGUCCAUGCGGCCCAUCGUCCCACACAAAUACUUCCAUUGGAGUAAGGCGCUGAGUCCCCACCUGGUCAGGUUCUCGGUGCACGAUGGUAUGGACGUAGAGGAGAAAGAACAGGGAGGUGCCCUCGCGGAGGUCAUCAACGAGAGGGUCCUGCUGGGGGAAGGCACCGUAAGGGAGGUUGUCAACUUCGGGAAGGGGAACGGAGUGCUGUUCACACCACCAGGUGAGGGACCGUUCCCCGGCGUGCUGGAUUUGUCCUCCUUUGCAUCAGAGAAACGUGCCAGCCUUUUGGCCAACAAAGGCUUUGUGGUCCUGAACGUGCCCGUCAUGUACGACAAGCCUGCCAAGAUCAACUACCUGGAGCUGGACUACUACCAGGAGGCUCUGGUCUUCUUGCAGCAGCAACCCAAGGUGGGCAGUGACGGGUUGGGCGUGAUUGGGCGUUCCAAAGCGGGUGACAUCGCCUUGUCCCUGGCAUCCUUCGUGCCGGGUGUCCGUGCGGUGGUCUGGAUCAACGCCUGCAGCGGUAACAUGGGGGCGCCUCUGCACUACCGGGGUCGAGAGGUCCUCUCUCCCGUGACCUUAGACUUGACCAAGAUCAUACCCACUGCCGACGGUGCCAGCAUCGUCAAGUUUGGUGUUACCGACCCCAACAGUGAAGAGAACCGGACCAGCCGGGUCCCCAUAGAGAAAGCAACUGCCGACUUCCUCUUCCUGGCUUCCGAGGAUGACCUCAACUAUGACUGCCGGGCCUACAUGGAAAGCAUGGCGGCGCAACUCCGGCGGGCCGGGAAGGAGAACGUGGAGAUGGUGUGCUACCCGCGGGCCGGGCACCUGCUGGAACCGCCCUAUGGGCCCUACUGCCGCUCGGCUUUGCACGGGUUCCUGCGCACAGUCAUCAUGUGGGGGGGCGAGCCCCAAGCCCACGCCCGCGCCGAGGUGCUAGCCUGGAAGAAGGUGGAAGAGUUCUUUCGGAGCCGGCUGAGCUGUGCACACCCAAACACCAAAGCCAAAUUAUAAACUGAAUGACGCCAAAAUCAGGUGCAGUCAUCAAAAGUACCGUAUUUGAUUGCGAUUCUUUUGUUUUUGUUUUUCCUUGCAAUUUUUUGGAAGAGGACGUUGUGAUGUGUAACACCAAUUUCUUGAUUCACCUCUUGAAUUGUAAUUUUAUAAAUAGCAUUUUAAAAAUCCUUUUUACAAUUAAAAAACAGUAAUUGUAAUCUAUACUUCAUUCUCUCCAACAGAUACUGUAUGACUAACAUUGCAACACUACAAUAAGAAUGAUUUUUUAUGUAUUUUUUAAUUCGUGUUUUUUUUUUU